AUGGCGCUGUUUUCAGCAGCAGCAAAAGGAGACUUCCUGAAGAUACAAUCAUUAAUCGACUCGGAGGACAAGUCAGAGGAUUCGGGAGGAGUUGAUGUAAACUGCUCGGAUAAGUCUGGCCAGACACUCCUUCACAUUGCUUCGGAAAACGGACAUUUGCAAACGGUUAAAUGCCUUACCCAUCAUGGAGCAAAAGUGAAUGUAGUCGAUGCUAACCUACAGACAUCGGUUCACUUAUGCUCAAAGAAAGGCCAUCUUCAUGUGGUAGAGCUGUUAGCGAACGAAGGAGCAGAUCUUGAUGUUGGUGACAAAGAUGGGUUUACAGCUCUUCACAUAGCAUCAGUCGAAGGCCAUCUCGAAGUCGUCCAGUAUAUCGUUAACAAAGGAGCAGGUAUCGAAAUUGGUGAUAAAUAUGGGAUAACUGCUCUUCACAUAGCUUCACUCAAGGGUCAUCUUGCUAUUGUCAAAUACCUUGUCAGGAAAGGUGCUGACCCGGGAAAACUUGCUAAUGAAGAGGACCACUAUGACUACCUUCGCAUCCACAAGACAUCUCUCGCUCCUCGAGGAAGAGCAUCAGAGAAGAGACAAUGA